AUGGGCGCACGCCCGAACACACGGGCGCGGCUGAAGAAGGCCGCCGGACGCGGUGGGGCACCGGCCAGGGGGAAGCGGGGCCGCAGCUGGGACUUGCGGCGGCUGGAGGCAGAAGGGCUGCGGUGGCUGGAGUGGCGGCGAGGGGCAGCAGCGGCUCACGGGCCGCGCAUGGCGCGGGGCGCCGUCGGGCGGAGGCCGGCGCGUAGUGGGGAGGCCACGCAGCGGGAGCUCGAGGCCUGGCUGCUCCGGCAGCGACGGGAGUUGGCCGGCGGCCACGGCGGAAAGCAGGCGGGGCUGGGCUCGGCGGGGGCCGCGGCUGCGGAUGGAGACGCGGAGAGCGGCGGGGCGGCCAGAGCGAGUGAGCGAGGGCACGACGACGAGCGCCAGCGCGGGGGUGUGGGCGCGCGCAGGGGAGCGGGGCUGCAGCGGCGGGAGGCCACAAGGCGGCUGCGGAGGCGGGGCGGGGCGCGGGAAGGGGCGCGGCGUGGUUCGUUCGAACGGUCGUGCGAUGCCUCGUCGUUGGGUGUAGGUGGCUCCUCCAAUGGUCGCCGGUGGCGAGGGAGGCGGAGGCCGGAGCUCGGGUCAGCAUGA